AUGGCAGGCGGCCGCGGUGGUGGGCGGCAGCCGGCGUCUUCCUCUCGCCACGCGCCUCCGCUCCCUUUCGACCGCAGUCAGAAUGAGCCCGUGCGCAUGUAUCCUCCCGAACCUGUCCGCGGUGGGACCCUCGCAGCACUGCAGUCGCUGCAGAACAAGAACGUGGCGGUUGUGGGGCUGCUGAGCACGAGCUCCUCGUCCUCCUCGCGCGCCUUCGCCUUCGCCAAUCGCCUCAUCGGCCGCUGCGUCUUCAGAGACGACGAGAUGCAAGCUGCGACCACUGUGAAGGACGAGCGGCUGCCUGCUAGUAUCCAUUUGUACUACGACGACGUCGCUAGAUGCAUCUACCUGCUGGGCGUGGCACGACCCGAGAGUUUCAAUAACAAGAACAAGUCGCCGGGUAGGCGACAACCGACAACUAUUGAUACGGAAGAAGUGGAAGAGCAGACACCGCUGAGUGAGACGCAGCGGAUACGCAACGAGUUGGACGCAUUUGAACGCGAGAAGCUCACGAUGCAAGUGCUGCUCUACUCCAGUUGCCACUUGGUCGUGGUACUAAGAGAAGACUCCCGAGUAACGACCGAUAUCCUGAAAGAUGUUCGGGCGCUGGCAAUGGAGAAGGCGCAGCUGUUGAGCUUCGUUCCGACGUCGACCAAGCAUUCCAAGCGUGAGCCUUGGAGCGGCCACUCCAAGGCAGCGUCGUCGUCAAAUGCGGGUGGGAAUGCUUUUGCUCCAGGUCGCUGCGUUCCGCUGGUAUUAUACGCCGUACCGGCCCUCGACGAGAUAUUGCACGCCUCACUUAAGACGCAGGGUUCGGGACCAUCACGAUCGGCUACGGUGACAUACUGCAAGGCGCUGGAGGCGCGCAUGACAACCUUAUUUCGGUCGCUAAGGGGCAGCACCGUUGGAUCGGUGCGCAUGCGUGAUGCACUAAGCGCCACGAAUCUCAGCAAGGAGCGGCGUGUGUUCAACAUGGACCCGGCUCACAGCGUGGUGGUGGUGUCUAGACGCACAGCAACUGCUGACGGGCGCGCGGAGUUUCAGCUCGAGAACCUCCUGGAUGCGCUGGACGCGGAUAUCACUGCGGACGACAUCCUGAGGGACGAGUCGCUGCUCCAGCCACUGGAAGAUGACGACAUGGGCUUCCAGCGGCUGAGCCAGUACCUGCACAAGUACUUGGACCUGCUCUUCUCGUUCUCGCCGAGCGGCAGCAAGGAUGGCGGGCGAACCGAGCUUCUGAGCCCGCCGCAGUGGCUGAAGGCCUUCCACGGGCUCGUCAAGAGCUACAGCCGCCUGGACACCAAGCGGAGACAAGAGGCGGCUGCGCUGGAGGCGGCGGAGGGCGGCGGCGCCUCGGACUACUUGGCGCCUGCUUCGUACCAGCUCGACCCGAUGGAAUUGGCGCGGUAA